GAACAGAGACUCUGCAGCUGACGAUGACAGAAGUCCUGAAGAGGCAGUCUAAAAAGGGCCACAACCAGCACAUCUCAGUGUCAGAGGUGAAGGUGGACGAGGUGCAGGUGAGCGUUGGAGACGACGGGACCACCUUCGCUGUGUGUCUGGAUCAGGAUGAGAAGAAGUUCAUCCAGAGUGUGACCAGGUGCGACGUGUCUCUGUGCUGCAAACCAGGAAGCAGCUCGGACUGGAGGUCGUACAAGCUGCUCCCAGGUCAGGUUCAGCCUCUGCACCCGUCCUACUGCUCCCUGCUCUGCCUCCCCAUCACCUCCUUCUCUGCCUCCUGACACACACACUCCUGGGGAGUCAAACACUGCGGGGAUCCUCACGCAACCUGGCGACUGAAUGACGUCUGAAAAAACGAAAGCAGAGAAGAAGUGGCACCUAAUAAUAGUGACAUAAUGUUUAACCUACACACUGUGUAUUUCAGGUUUGUCUUUGUACGGUGUGUCUGUUCUGCAGCUUCGAUCUCAGAAGACUCACUGUGUAUUAAUUAAUGUCGUUAAUGUUCUUGUUUGGAGGAUUUCACAGGAAGCAGAACUUUGAGAGAAACCGAUUACUUGAUUACGACUGUGUACGUUCUUUUAAUCCCCCUCUUUGUCUUGUACAAUAAGCUAUUUAUUUUUGAAGCGAUAGCUGUGUUUUUAUGUGGCGCACAAUCGAAUAAAAUAAUGUUUCAGUGA